CGGUUCUGUAUCUGUGACCGUCAAGGUCUUAGAAUGAAAUAUUGAAUAAAAUUGUAUUGAGUAGUUUUUAAUUAGCCAUUACCACAAGUACAACAAGUGUUCAAAUCACAAAAAAUGAGUACAUUUUCGAAAAAAAUUGUUUGCUACAUUACGUUCCUCGUAGUUUGUAAUUUUGGAGUUCGAUUCGCGGAAGUGAUCGAAGUAAUGGACAACAACAGAACCUACCAACAAAAUUUUGACGGUUUGCCUGAUGACGGAGGAGGACCGGGAACGAGAAUCCUUUCACGGAAAAGACGUUUCGUAUCAUUCCCGGAAGGAAGCUCAUUCCAAGUUGUCUACGAUCAGACCAUCCCAGUGAUAGGCAGCACUCUCCUGUUUACCGUCGGUGUGACGGUUGCCGCGGCGUGGCAGCUUCCCAGUGUAUCCAACUUUGAAAUACUCCGACUACUGCAGGAAAAAAUCUCCGGUGGUUCACUUCUUCGCCGUACGGAUGAAAACGUCAACGAUACCACGCUGUACGAUACCAGCACCAGCGGCUACGACAAGGCUAGCUACGAUGCGUACUAUUACAGCAGUCGGCGUAAUCAGAGCUACUAUCCCAGCACCAGUGGGAAGCAAAACAUUUUCAGCUACUAUUACGACAGUCCAACGCGACAACAAUCGAACAAUGGUCGAAUAAAAUAUUAUACCAGUGAAAAGGAAUACGCUGGUGAUGUAAAUGACAAGUAUCGGACCAAGUGGAAGCAACCGAGCAGCAGUAGUGGCUAUGCUAAUUUCCCCCCUAACUAUGUAACUGCACCCAACGGAUCCCAGAAAAAUUGGGGCAAUCUUGUUACCAGCUAUCUACAAGACUGGGUUCGCCGGCAUCCUCCAAAUUACCCAAUGCACAGAAAACGGUUCUAUCCCGUGUUUGGCAAACGAAGCAUUGACGAGCAUACACAUCCGGAAGACAAAUUCUUUCUGGAUCAUCAUCGAUCAACGCGGCACAAACUGUAUCGGAAAAUCGAAACGUUUUUGGAUGCGAAAGGCAAACAUGGUCAUCACUGUGUGUUACGGGCCCUAUGUGAAUGUGGCCAAAAAAGGGACGGUGUGCAGCCGGAAUCUUUCCUCCGUGAAAUCCUGAAGGCUGUUUUCAGCUUACCAACUACACAUGAAGACCCGGUCGAUUACACGCAUCGAACGUAUGACGAGGCUCAUGCACAUACUGGAGAUUGUGCAAAACGGUAUCCUUUUUGCAAGGACAGUAUCUGGUCCGAGGAUUUUAUAUUCUGAGACUCACUGAAAGAAAUUAACGUGGCUUUUCCUCUCAGUAGAUUAAAUGGUUAUAUAUGUUGUGGCGAUCAAAA